AUGGUCGACGUCUCCCAAGACUACCUCAAGAGCUUCAUCGGCCGCCCGGCCCUUGAGCUGCCCACCCCGUCUCUCGUCCUCAGCAAGCCCGUCAUCGAGAAGAACUGCAAGAGACUGCACGAUGAUGUCAAGAGCUUGGGUAUCGGCUUCAGGCCUCAUGUCAAGACGCUGAAGUCCGAAGAAGUCACGAGACUAAUGCUCGGCGACGUGUCUCGCGGCGCCGUCGCCUCCACCCUCAGAGAAAUCCGCGGCCUCCUCCCUCUAGCAAAAGAAGGCCUCCUAGACGACGUCCUCUACGGCCUCCCCAUCCGCCCCGCCGCCCUCCCGGAACUCACCACCCUCUCCACCUCCCUCAAAAUCCUGUUGAUGCUCGACCACCCCUCGCAAAUCACCCACCUGGAAGCCUUCGCCGCCGCCCAGGCCACAGCCGGGACCCCCGCACCCGUCUGGUCCUGCUUCAUCAAAAUCGACAUGGGCACCCACCGCGCCGGCAUCCCCCUCGCCUCGCCCACCCUCCGCACCCUCGUUGCCGCCGCCGAAGCAUCGCCGGCCGUCCGCAUCCACGGCUUCUACUGCCACGCCGGCCACGCGUACGCGUCGCGCACGGCGGACGCCGCGGCCGCCGUGCUGCGGGAUGAGGUCGGCGCCGCGGUCGAGGCGGCCAAACUCCUCUCUCCCGCGUCGCGCCCGGCGGACGACAAAGCCGUCGUGAGUUUCGGCUCGACGCCCACCGCGCACGUCGUCGCGUCGCUGAAGGCGGAGCUCGAGCAGCAGAAUUUGGCGUUGGAGUUGCAUGCCGGGAACUUCCCGGCGAACGACCUGCAGCAGCUCGGCACGGGGUGCGUGGAGGAAGGGGAUCAGGCGGUGCGCGUGCUGGCGGAGGUGUGUUCGGUGUAUCCCGAGCGCGACGAGGCGCUGGUGAAUGCGGGCGUCAUCGCGUUGGCGAGGGAGCCGGGCCCGUUGCCUGGGUUUGGGAGGGUGGUCGGGCGGAAGGAGUGGAAUGUGGGGAGGUUGAGUCAGGAGCAUGGGAUUUUGGUGAGGGAGAAGGGGAAGGGCGAAGGGAAGGAGGUCGAGGAGGUGUUUGAGGUCGGGGAGAAGGUGUGGUUAUGGAUUCAGCAUGCGUGUAUUACGGCGGCGGCGUAUCCGUAUUAUUUUGUUGUGGAUGGGGAGGAUGUGGUUAGGGAUGUGUGGGUGCCGUGGAAGGGGUGGUGA